AUGGGUGAUAUUGAAAAAUAUGGUUCUAUUAAAAAAUACGAUCAUGUUACUAUAAAACCUAAUGAUUGUCUUACGAUUAUAUAUACAAGUGGAAGUUCAGGCUUUCCUAAAGGUGCUAUAAUUUCUGAAGAAACUUAUCGAGCAACAUUUCCAAAUUGGUUUACAACAUGUUUAGUUGAACAAAUUAUAUUCUCCUAUCGACCAUUAGCAUGGGCAGCUGAUCGCUUUAUAGUUACUGGAACUUUUCUUGCUGGAGGACGUACCGGAUUCUCAACAGGAGAUGUUAGUCGUCUAAUGGAAGAAUUAGCUCUAGUUAGACCAACACAAUUUUCUGCUCCACCAAGUAUUUGGAAUAAAAUCUAUACUGAAUUCAAGACAGCUCUUUCUUUGAUCAAUGCUCAUCAUUCAUCAGCAGAAGAGCUACGUCUAUUGAAACAAUUUUCAAAACUAAUUCCUAAUAGAUGUAAAAUACUUACAGUCGGUAGUGCUAAAGUCAGUCCAAAUGUGUUGAACUUUAUGAAACGAUGUUUUUCCGGUUGUCGAAUUAAUGAAUCAUAUGGAAUUACGGAGUGUGGAAGUGUAGCUUAUAACAAUAUUUUAGAAGAUACAAUUAAAUAUCGUCUUGAAUCUGUUCCAGAAAUGGGUUAUACAAUCGAUGAUAAACCUUUUCCACGAGGAGAAAUUUUAACAAAAACUACAAAAAUGUUUUCUGGAUAUAUUAAUAAUUCCGAAGAAACUCGAGUAGCUAUCACCGAUGAUGGAUUCUUUCGUACUGGUGACAUUGUUGAAUUGCGUAUAGAUUCGAGUGGUCGACAUGAGUUGCAUGUUAUCGAUCGUAAAAAGAGUUUCUUUAAACUUUCACAAGGACAAUUUGUAUCACCUGAAUAUCUUCAAAAUAUUUAUAUUCGAAGUUCAUUCGUCGAACAAAUCUAUAUUCAUGGUGAUCUUUUAUCAGAUUGUGUUGUUGCAGUGAUUGUACCUAACCGAGUAUAUGUACAAGCAUUUGUCAUUGAACAUAAUUUGAUAAAUUUCGAUAUAAAUAAUCCAGAUCCACAAUUGUAUAAUGCAAUUCUAGAAGAUCUUCGUUCGAUUGCCAAAAAUGAAUCACUUCGAAUGCAUGAAAUUCCAUCACGAUUAAUUAUUGAUUUUGAACCAUUCACACCAGAAAAUGGUCUUCUUACUUCUUCGUUCAAACCUUGUCGUCAUAAGUUAGCUGCACAUUAUGCAGAUAGACUAAAAUCAAUUAAUACUAUUGAUCAACGACUAAAAACUAUUAUUGAAAUAGCAACAGAACAAUCGAUACCAAACAAUGAUAAUGAACAUUUCUUGUUUGCUAAUGGUAAUAAUUCAUUGACAGCCAUACGAUUAUCUCGUAUGAUUGAAAAUAAUUUGGGAAUACCUAUACCAGUAAAUGUACUUUUUGAACAUACCAUGACUCUUCAAAGAUUAAUAAAUCUUAUCAAAAAUCCUUCUCAAAUUUCUUCGAUGACAAAUUCUCUUGUACCACAACUAUUGAAUGAUUCUCAAUUAGAUAUAAACAUAACUGUAGGUAAACCUAAAAAUAUAGGUCAAUCUCCGUCAAUGAUUUUCAUUACUGGAACUACAGGAUUUGUAGGUGCAUUUCUACUGGCUGAAUUAUUAACAAUUUAUCCUUCAAAUUGUAAAUUUAUUUGUCUUGUACGAUGCAAAUCUUUAGUGAAUCCUUUGGAUCGUAUUCGAGAAAAUAUGUUCUUCUAUCAGAUAUGGAAAGAAGACUAUCAAGAACGCAUUAUUCCAUUACAAGGUGAUUUAGCAAAAAUUCAUUUUGGAUUAAGUAAUGAAAUAUAUGAAUUGUUAGCUAAUCAAAUUGAUAUUAUCUUUCAUUGUGGUGCUAUAGUUAAUUUUGUAUUUCCUUACACUAAGCUCUAUGGUCCAAAUGUAUGUGGUACUCGAGAGAUUAUUCGUUUGGCAACACAUACUUCAACUUGUAUACCUGUACAAUACAUCUCAACAGUAAGUGUUUUAUCAUCGGAAUUUAAUCAAGAAUUAUCAAUUGACAAGGUUCCUCCAGAUGGUUUAGUUAGUGGUUAUGCACAAAGUAAAUGGGUAGCUGAAAAACUAAUUACUAAGGCAAAUCAAUUAGGCCUUCCAGUGGUUAUCUAUCGUCUUGGAUCUAUAUGUGCCGAUACUGAGACAGGUGCAUGUAAUAGAAAGGAUAUUCAUACUUUAUUUCUUGCCGCAAUAAUAAAGAUGGGUUGUUAUCGUGAAACAGAAGUUAAUACUCAUUUUAAUUGCUUACCAGUCAAUUUUACUGCUAAAAGUAUUGUCUAUUUGAGUAGUAUUCAAUCUCAUGUAUAUGGAAACAUCUAUCAUGUUCUAAAUCCUGAUAGUCAACUGCCAUUUAAAGAUAUAAUUAAUGGUAUAUGUCACUGUGGUAUUGAAUUAAACAAAGUCUCUGAUAAAGAAUGGGGAAUCAAAUUGAAGACAAUUACUGAUCAAAAUGGUCCUUUUGAAUUUGUAGAAGAAUUCUUAUCAGAAAAUACUUUUAACAAAGGAUGUAUAUUUUCUGCUAAACAUUUUAAAAGUGCUGUUUCUUCGUUGAAUUUUCCAUCUUUAGAUAAAGAUUAUGUAUGUAAAUGGUUGAAUUUUAUACUUCAUCAUAUAGUUCGGUAA